ACCACCAAACAUAGUGUUGAACUCGACUCUUGACCCUUUAGAAAUUUAGACUCAUACCCUACGUGGAUGCGUCAUAGCAGCCAAAUGUAACACGUGGAAUAAGCCACGUCAUCACCGUCACCAGUUGACCUGUUGACUUUAAUUCUCACAUCACAUCUUCCUAACAUGUAGGCCUCAGUACUCAAAUCUCCCUAUCACACACCAUUAAAUCUUGAUACAGAAUAUUCCGAGCUCAUUUCUUCCUCAUCCUCUUCAAUAAUGUCUCCUUCAUACAAAAUCUGAAAUUUUUGAGAAGAAAAGGUGAUAAAGCUAACAUAACAUGGCCUGGUUGAAGAGCCUAAUCCAACUCACAGUCACCAAAUCCUCGUCCAUUAGAGCUAGAAAAACAAACCCAUUUCCCUUGCCAUCGCUCGCUUUGAUAGCACAAUUCAGCACAGCUCCGACCAACGAGACUCCACGAGUCACUCCUUAUUCGGGAUUGGGGCCCGCCAAGCCAGGUGAGAAGCCGAGGGUCGUGGUUCUGGGAUCCGGAUGGGCUGGUUGCAGACUCAUGAAGGGUUUGGACACCAGUAUUUACGACGUCGUUUGCGUCUCGCCUAGGAACCAUAUGGUGUUCACGCCUCUUUUGGCCUCCACCUGUGUUGGGACGCUUGAGUUUAGGUCCGUGGCUGAACCCAUUGGGAGGAUCCAACCCGCCAUUUCUCGGGAACCCGGAUCAUACUUCUUCCUCUCGAAAUGUGUCGGCAUCGAUACUGAUAAACAUGUGGUGGAAUGUGAGACAGUUACCGAUGGAGCAGAAUCUUUGGAUCCUUGGAAAUUCAAUAUUUCAUACGACAAGUUGGUUAUUGCAUUAGGUGCAGAGGCCUCAACUUUUGGAAUCAAUGGUGUAACAGAACACGCAAUUUUUCUUCGUGAAGUUUACCAUGCCCAAGAGAUUCGUAGGAAGCUGCUACUGAAUUUAAUGCUGUCAGACAUACCUGGGGUUUCAGAAGCAGAGAAGUCAAGACUUCUGCACUGUGUUGUUGUAGGAGGUGGUCCCACCGGAGUUGAGUUCAGUGGAGAACUUAGUGAUUUUAUCACGAGAGAUGUUCGACAGCGAUAUUCCCAUGUGAAAAAUUAUAUUCAUGUUACCUUAAUUGAGGCAAACGAAAUAUUGUCUUCAUUUGAUGAUCGACUCCGGCAUUAUGCAACCAAGCAGUUGACAAAGUCAGGAGUUCGUCUUGUCCGUGGGGUUGUCAAGGAUGUCAAAGCUCAAAAAUUAAUUCUUGAUGAUGGCACAGAGGUUCCUUAUGGGCUGUUAGUAUGGUCUACAGGUGUUGGUCCAUCGCCUUUUAUAAAAUCCCUUGACCUUCCAAAAGCUACGGGUGGAAGGAUUGGUGUCGAUGAGUGGCUGCGUGUUCCUUCUGUGGAGGACGUAUUUUCGAUAGGAGACUGCAGUGGCUUUCUUGAAAGUACUGGAAGACCAACCCUUCCAGCUUUAGCCCAGGUUGCAGAGCGUCAAGGAAAAUACUUGGCAAAUCUCUUGAACAGAAUCGGUAAAGCUGGUGGAGGUCCUGCAGACAGAGCGAAGGACAUCGAAUUCGGGGAGCAAUUUGUUUACAAGCAUUUAGGAAGCAUGGCCACUAUCGGCAGAUACAAGGCUCUUGUGGACCUUAGACAGAGCAAGGAGGCAAAAGGUUUAUCUCUUGCUGGAUUCCCGAGUUGGUUUAUAUGGCGCUCUGCUUAUCUAACGAGGGUGAUAAGCUGGAGGAAUAGAUUCUACGUUGCAAUCAACUGGGCUACCACUUUUGUGUUUGGCCGUGAUAUCAGCAGAAUAUAAAGUUGGAAAAAGGCCAACAAUAAGUCGGAUCUAAUGGAGUUUGCAGCUGGACAUGUCUUGCAUAAAUGAAAAUAAGUCAUCACAGAUCAAGUUUAUAGCAUUAAAUGAGAUAAUAAAAUAUUCCACUUUUUGUAAAUGUCGCUAUUUUUUUUUUUUUGAAGAAAAAUCAUAAUGGUGUCCGAAUGUCAUUAGCUGGUCAUUAUGCUAUGUACAUGGAGUCUGGAGAUCUAUAUAGUAAUAGUGCAAGUACAGUACCACGCUUGUCGAAAGUUGAAAAUGUAAGACUAGUUAAUUUUGUUUUCUGGUGGAAUUAUUUGAUGAUAUACUGUGCAUUUGGAAA